ACGCGCCUCCGCCGUCUCACAGCCUUCGCACGGAGUCAGACAUAAACAGACAGAAUAACCCACCGUCUCUGCACGUCGCCAGCCCCCUUCCAUCAGCACACCCGCUUCUUUCCCCCAGCAAUGGCCUCUCCUUCAAACCCCGGCGGUCAAGAGACUUCUGCCGUCCGCGAGGGCAUGCAGCUCGACACCGGUAAACUGGAAGCAUACCUCAAAGCCAACAGCAACGCCGUCCCCUUCCAGGCGCCUCUGGAAAUCAAGCAGUUCAAGCUUGGACAGAGCAACCCGACUUAUUUUCUGAAGGAUGGCGCAGGCCGACGCUACGUCCUCCGCAAAAAGCCCCCCGGCAAACUCAUCUCGCAAACCGCGCACGCCGUCGAACGCGAGUUCCGCGUCCUGGACGCUCUGGCGCGCAACACCAACGUGCCGGUGCCGAAAGUCCAUGUUCUGUGCGAGGACAAUGAUGUGCUGGGGACGCCGUUCUAUGUGAUGCAGUUUUUGGAGGGGAGGAUCUUUUCGGAUAAUCGGUUGAGGAGCGUGGGGGAGGCGGAUAGGAGGGCUUAUUACUUCAACACCGUCGACACGCUCGCCCGCCUCCACAAAGUCCCCUUUGCCACGGUCGGCCUCGCAAACUACGGGCCCACCCACUCCUUCUACCCCCGCCAAAUCAAACGCCUCCUCCAAAUCACCACCGCCCAAGCCCUCGUCACCGACCCGGACACCCACACCGCCGUCGGCCCGCUCUACAACCUCACCUCGUCUUUACACUGGCUUGAGCAAAACCUGCCCAAAGACGAAACAACCCUCUGCCACGGUGACUUUAAACUCGACAACAUCGUCUUCCACCCCACAUCACAGAACGUGAUUGGCGUCCUGGAUUGGGAACUGUCGACGUUGGGACACCCCUUGAGCGAUUUGGCAAACUUGUUGCUGCCGUUCUAUACGCCGGCUGGGUGGGGUUUUCCGGAGGAGAUGGCGAUGAUGGAUGAUAGGCGGCCGUUGAGCGGGAUCCCGGAGGCUGAGGAGCUUGUGAAGGAGUAUUGCAGAUUGACGGGACGCGCGUACCCGAUACCUCAGUGGGAGACGUGUGUUGCGUUUGCGUUUUUGCGGCUGGCGGUCAUCACCCAAGGCAUCGCCGCCCGCGUCAGACGCAAGCAAGCAUCCUCGCCCAUCGCCGUCCAGGUCGCCAAGCUGUUUCAGCCCUGCGCGAAACGGGUCGCGGAUAUCGCUGCUGGGGGACGGCUUAGUGGGAAUCAGAGCGGCGCUGGUGGGGCGAAGUUGUAGAGCGGGGGUGAGGUUAGCUUAGGUUGUAGCGGAUGAUCAAGGGCGGGCAGGAUGCUUCCCGUGUUUUUUUUUUGCCCUUGAUGUCAUAUCCACCCCGCUUUCCUGCAGCCUGUAGCUUGCCACGGCAUAGAUUUGUAGUGGACUCAUUCGCUGUACAUAGAUCGGACUGGAUUCUUCAAAAGGCAUAUGCACCCGAUGACAAGAGGCCCC